CCUGAUAGACAUGAUCCUUCAUUUGAACUGAACUGUUGAUGACAAUUAUUCACCUCCAGAAAAUCCUUAUUUUUCCUUCAAUUUUCAGACCAUGUAAAUCGGACGUUGUGCUCAAUAUCGAGAAUAACCAAAUCGAUGAUAAUUUCUGCAAUCAAUUCGCUUUCUUUGUGACCAUCGGACAAUGCGUUGGUUUAAUGCCCGUGAAAAAAGUCGACAAAAACGGCAGAUAUGAUUUCCCCUUUGAAUGGUACUCAAUCAGAAUCAUAUAUUCCAUAGUAAACGUUCUGAGCAGUUUUGUACUUGGCGUUUUCUGCAUCAUCGACUUUUCUGUUCAUGGUUUUCAGUUAGAUAGAACAGGGACUCUAAUGUUUUAUGUUAUGAAUUUUUUUGGUGCUCUUACAUUUAUAAAUAUUUCGCGGUAUUGGAGUUAUAUCAUGGAUGAAUGGACGCAGACGGAAAUUAUUCUGAAAUGCUAUAAAGAAGUGAAAAAUUUCCGAAGAAGACUCGUAAUUACUUCUGCUGUUGUCAUCAUUUUAGCUACAGCCGAACAUUUGCUAUUCAUUCUGAACGAUAUUUCGAAAACUUCAGUUUGUAGACGAGUGGACAAUAAUAGAAUAGAAGAAUAUUUUAAUGUUGCACAUCCACAAGUUUUCCGAUUAGUUACAUUUUCUUAUUGGUCUGCUUUCUUGGUGAAGUUGGCCAACAUAAUAUCUACUGUAACUUGGAAUUAUACAGAUUCAUUUAUUAUACUGAUCAGCUGUGGUUUGGCUGUGAGAUUCAAACAAAUAGCUGAGGCAAUCCAAAAAAAGAAUUUUCAGGAUACUGACGACAAAUAUUGGAGAGAAACAAGGGAAGAUUUCAACAGGUUGUAUCAAUUGUGCACAGUUGUGGAUAAACAUAUAUCGUUAUUGGUAACUGUUUCAUUCACAAACAAUAUAUUUUUCAUUUGUAUUCAGCUCUACAACAGCUUGAAAGAUCGCAAAGGAUUCAUUGAAAAGGCUUACUAUUUUUACUCUUUCGCAUUUCUCUUAUUAAGAACAGCUUCCAUAACGUUAUAUGGUGCUUGGGUGAACGAUGAGAGCAGAAAACCCAUAGAUAGAUUACAUUCAGUCCCACAUAAGCAGUAUAAUAUCGAAGUGAGUAGAUUCAUCGACCAAAUCAGUUCUAUACCAAUUGGAAUAACUGGAUCGAAACUAUUUAUCGUCACUAGAGGAUUUCUUUUAAAAAUAAUCGGAACCAUUAUAACAAUGGAGCUGAUGUUACUUCAGUUUGGCCCUCUAGUCAAAGAUGAUAAAAUUAAGAGCUUUAACAUAUCAAAUUGUUGGAACUAUCCUUACUUUCGAGCUUAUGCUUUUGGAAUUUGGGGCUCUGGUAAAACAAGAGGAAUGUAUCAAUUCUCUCAACAAGUGCCAUUGAGUUUUCAUAUCGACUUGUUCGAAAUGCUAUUGGAAAACGUGGACAUACCUGUCGAAAAUAUUUCCACCAUUCACCCCAUAGGGCAUGAUUAUUUCCGAGAAGGUAACAUGAAAAUGGGUGGUACUAAUGUCCAAAAAGAGAAGAAGUAUUAUACCACGAAUGAUUGCUUGAGGGUUCUCCUGGUAAUAUGCCAGUUUUUUGGUGUUUUUCCGAUUCACAACGCUUUCGAUUCAGACAACAACGCUGUUUUCAAAUGGUCUUGGAAAGUUAUAUACACCAUAUUUUUGGCUCUUUGCUUUUUCGUGUACAGCAUUUUAUCUUUUGUCAAAGCUCUGCAGGAAGAGGGAAUUUUCUUGUACCAAAUGAUUACACCUUUAUACAAUUUAUGCAUCUGCCUUAUCUUACUGACUUUCAUACAAAUAGCAAGAGAUUGGCAAACAUUCUCCAAAUUAGUUUCAAAGGUGGAAAACGAAUUUUCGGCAAAAUAUGACAGUGGACCAGUAUUACCAAGAAAGAUUUACUUCAUCAGUUGUAUUUUGCUUUUAGCUGCUUUCGUUGAACAUGCUUUAUCCAUAGCAUUUAUGGUGCUAUCAAAAAAUUGUGAUAACACUUCAACUGGAUGGGAAUAUUACCUUAAAAAACAUUUUCACUAUGUAUAUCAUUACAUUGAUUUCAAUCUUGCCAUUGGAUUGAUAUGUGCUGUCCAAAGCUGGAUGGGUGCAUUCAUUUGGAAUUUUUGCGAUGUUUUCAUCGUUGUUAUUAGCAUAAUUAUGACGGAAAGAUUUCAUCAGAUCACUAUGAGGGUGAAGAAAUAUUUAGUGAAUCAGGGAUUGAUGUUUCACUCGAGAUUGAACAGUAGGAGAAUUGCGAAACUUUUCGUAACUGAUAGUAUCAAAAGUGAAAUACAAUUUUGGAGUGAGGUGCACGUAGACUAUGAUAAAAUGUGUAAUAUUAUUCACCUCCUGGAUGAAAUACUUUCCAAUCUGCUUCUAGUUUCCUACAGCACCAAUUUGAUUUUCAUUCUAAUUCGUUUGUUCGUCAGUUUGAGGCAAAUGUCAAGUAAUGUGGAAAUAGUUUAUUUUUACUCAUCUUUCGCCUGUGUUAUAUCUCGUACAAUUUUGGUGUCGAUUUUUGGAGGUUUGCUGAACGACGAGACCAAAUCUUUGGUACCUUACCUUAACACAGCUUCUACACAGGAAUACAAUGAUCAUAUGCUGAGAUUGUUGCAGCAAAUAAAUUUUUCGAAUAAUGCACUAACAGGUCAUAACUUCUUUAGAGUCACCAAAGGCUCUGUACUCAAUGUCGCAGCAGCUAUUAUAACAUAUGAGCUAGUGCUCAUUCAGUUCAAUCAACAUUCUUUAGAGAAAAUGGCGUAUGUUGAGAACAGCACCAUCUGUUUCUAAAAUUUGAAAUUUCCUUCCUAUAUAUUGAAAAGUAUGAAGAUUAUUUAUUUUUGAGUCAAUAAA